UCAUCGAAACGCAAUAGCUCGCUCUUAUCCCAGAGAUUGAGACGGCUAGAGCGGGGGGAAUUCUGCAAGUUGAUCGACAAUCGCCUUGGCGAGCCUGUUCAGUUUUGUAUUCAAUCAAACGUGCUGCAAGUGAUCGAAUCACCUGAUCCUAAGUCCUCCCGUGGCAUUCUCCCCAUCGAAGGACGUUCACUAGGGCAAUGGCUUGAACAAAUACCUCAUCUUUCGAACAAGGAAAAGCCUCAUCUAGCCUAUACCAUUGCCAAGUCCGUCUGGCAGUAUUACAGUUCAGCGUGGAUGAUGGCACCCUGGACUCACGGGAGCAUUCAACUGCUAACUGAGAAAGCUGGCCUGGCAGAUCAUGGAAAGCCACAUCCAUAUCUGACAGCAAACAUGGCCCGAGCGGUGGUUACUUCUACGGACUGCUAUAAUGCCGAUAACCUCAUGCACCAAUAUCCAUACAUUCUAGCAUUAGGGGUUCUUCUUAUCGAAAUUGUCAUCAAGCAGCCCUUGACAAGUGAAGAAUGCCCUCACCCCUUCAGCGAAACUGCGGUUAACGACUACUAUACGUGGGCGUGGACAACGGCGCACAGAAGCAAUUUGAAGGACAUGGUGCAUUCUAUGUACGUUGAGGCUGUUAAUAACUGUCUCAACCCUGAGCUAUUUGGUGGCGACUCCAUACAACAGUACGGGUAUACAGAGCUGAUAACGGCCCGACAGAACGUUUUAUACGAGAAGGUUGUUUCCCCAUUGAAGAGAUUGUUUGAAGCCUAUCAAGAUGACUGGGGUAUCCAGAGCGCUCCUACCGCGAAAACGCUCGACACAGUCGCUCACCAUGUUAUUCCAGAGACUUCCAUUGCCUCACAAUUCCCCCAUAAAGCAGAUUUCACGGUCGCAAUAUUCUGUGCUUUACCGCUAGAGGCUAAUGCGGUCAGUGCUCUGUUUGAUGAAAGAUUUGAAGACAUCAGCCUGUAUAGGAAUUCAUCGGGAGACUCGAACACGUACACACUCGGUCGAAUGGGUCGCAAUAACACCGCAUUGGUACAUCUUCCGGGUAUGGGAAAAAGUGCUGCGUCUCAAGCAUCCUCUUCAAUACGGUCAACCUAUCCGAACAUAAAGCUCGCCCUGGUGGUCGGAAUCUGUGGUGGUGUUCCAUAUGGAAAGGAGAGCAAGGAGACCCUCCUCGGAGAUGUGAUAGUCAGUGAUGGGAUUAUCCAGCAUGAUUUCGGGCGAAGGAUCCCUGGGGCAUUUCUGCCUAAAGCAUCGGUUGCCGAUGGACUGGGGCGGCCCAACGUCAUUAUCAGAGGAUUUCUUUCGAAGAUAAAGACAACUAUAGUACAACGGCGUGUUUCGAACAAAGUGAAGGAAUAUAUGGGAGUCAUAACUCAGACGCUUGGCAAUGACACUGCUCGAUAUCCAGGAGUGGAACAAGACGAACUCUACGAGCCAAGCUAUCAACAUAAGCACCGUGGCCGCACCAGUUGUAUCAGAUGCGCAGUCUCGACCAGCACUACGGUCUGCGGCGAAGUGUUUGAUCUAUCAUGUCAUGAACUCGGAUGCGGGAAAGAAAACAUUGUCAAACGGAAGCGUCUUCAGGCUGCACUUACACAGGGGCAUACUUUUUCUCCGGCAAUCCACCUAGGUCUCAUUGCAUCGGGGGAUACUGUCAUGAAGUCUGGACAAGACAGAGACCUCAUCGCUAUGCGUGAUAAUGUGAUAGCGUUCGAAAUGGAGGGUGCAGGGGUCUGGGAUAGUCUGCCUUGUCUAGUGGUGAAGGGUGUUUGUGACUAUGCCGACAGCCAUAAAAAUAAAGUAUGGCAACCGUUUGCUGCAGCGACAGGAGCAGCCUGCAUGAAAGCUUUACUCGAUGAAUGGUCAUCUUAAUUGGAUCAGAGCAUGUAAUAUAAGCCACAAAGCCUACAUAAAUGAGCGCUAUACUCAGAUCAUAAUAGAUUUCACUCUCUGAUGUUCGGGAUAUAGUAAUAGUAUUGAAG